CUUUAUAAAACUUACUGCCAGGAUGAAAAGUGCUCGCCCUUUCGGUCUUUAUUCUUCCCGCAAUGCCCGUCAGCAUCAGCGACCGCGCCUCGAAGGCUUCCGAAGACGAUUUCAAACAUAAUGUUGCCCCUACGUCGUCGACUGUUACACCGCUGCCAAAAAUCGAGGAGGUUUACAAUACGGAAUAUGAGAAGGCAUUGGUGAACACGUCCCUGGAUCCGUUGAGCAAACGUAGUUUUCAGCUAUAUUUCAUCGUAAUGGUUGGAUUCCUCAACGCGGUAUCGUCGGGGUUUGAUGGCAGUCUUAUGGGGGGAAUCAACGCGAUGCCUCAAUAUCUUGCCUUUUUCAACGAAGAGACUGUCGGGAAGUCAACCGGGAUCGUCUUCAUGAUCUACAUAGUGGGCAAUUGUGUUGGAUCAUUUUUUGCAGGACCUGCAACUGACAUAGCUGGACGGCGUGGCGGCAUGUUCAUUGGCGGCACGUUCAUUCUGAUCGGAGUGGCGAUCAUCACCGCGGCCACAGGUAAAGGCAUGUUUUUAGGUGGUCGUUUUCUGCUUGGUUUUGGGAUUGCCAUAUCCACGACUGCUGCUCCGACGUGGGUAACCGAACUGGCUCCCCCCCAGUGGCGAGGAAGACUGGGCGCACUCUACAACUCUUGUUUCUUUAUAGGAAGCAUUCCCGCGACGGGAGCCAUGGUAGGCACCGAGAACUUGAACUCCACAUGGGCAUGGAGGUUACCUCUCCUUCUCCAAGUUGGGCCUCCCGUUAUUGUGAUGACGUGCGUUUGGUUUUGCCCGGAAUCCCCGCGUUGGCUAGUGCAAAAGGGCAAGUUGAAUGAAGCGAAAGAUAUACUUAUCAAAUACCAUGGGACCGAUGGUCAGACGAAUGCUAUCGUAGAGCUCGAAAUGCAAGAGUUCCAACAGUCGAUUGAGGCCAGGAAAUUUGAGCCAUUUUGGGACUAUUCCUAUCUCUUCUCUUCGGCCAGUCGACGGUGGCGUAUGUUGACUCUUUCGUUAAUGUGUAUCAACGGGCAGCUAGCGGGAAACGGUCUGAUCACUUACUUCCUACCGGUCGUGAUGAAGAAUGCGGGGGUCACUUCUCCGCAUACCCAGCUCGUUUACAACUUUGCGAACUCUAUUCUGUCCGCAUUCGGAGCCUUUCUGGGCGCAUCUGUGACGGAUAAAAUCGGUCGUCGAAAGCGGUUAUACAUCGGGGCCCUCGUUUUAGCCGCUCUACUUGCCAUUGUCGCUGCGUUAUCUGCUAAUUACGGUGAAGAAGGGAAUACUAACACGAAUGGCGCCAAUGCCUCGAUAACUUUCAUAUUCCUCUUCGGUAUCGCGUACUCUUUCACUUACACACCUCUCCAAGCGUUGUAUUGUGCGGAGGUGAUGAGACAAGACAUGCGAGCGAAGGGGAUGGCUGUCCAUAUCCUGAUCUCCAACUGUGCCGGAUUCAUCAAUACGUUUGCCAAUAGUGUUGGAUUACAGAAGCUUGGGUGGAAAUAUUACUUUGUAUUCGUGGGAUGGAACAUAUGUGCAUCUAUUUUAUGGUUCUUGUUCUGUGUCGAAACGCAUGGACGUACUCUAGAAGAGCUCGACGAGGUGUUCAAUCAACCAUGGCCUGCGAGAGCUAGUGCACAGAAGGUUAAAGUAGCUUUGAAACAGUCGGGAGAUAUCGAGGUGGUGGAGCGGUAGCCUGACAUGAAGCGUUUAGAUGUCGCGCUUUUUUAAAAUGCAGUCGUCACCUACAGUGGUAUCCCCGCUCCCUCUGAUGAAUUGAUCUUACCGAUUGGUCACUGUUUUAAUGCGGUUAAAA